UACACAUCCUACCUUUUCUCUUCUGUCAGCCUCGCAAGCCUUUGACACAAUGAAGUGGGUGACUUUUAUUUCCCUUCUCUUUCUCUUCAGCUCUGUUUAUUCCAGGGGUGUGUUUCGUCGAGAUACACACAAGAGUGAGAUUGCUCAUCGGUUUAAAGAUUUGGGAGAAGAUGAUUUCAAAGGCCUGGUGCUGAUUGCCUUUUCUCAGUAUCUCCAGCAGUGCCCAUUUGACGAUCAUGUAAAAUUAGUGAAUGAAGUAACUGAGUUUGCAAAAACAUGUGUUGCUGAUGAGUCAGCUGCAGAUUGUGACAAGUCACUUCAUACUCUCUUUGGAGAUAAACUGUGUACGGUUGCAUCUCUCCGUGAGACCUAUGGUGAGAUGGCUGACUGCUGUGAGAAACAAGAGCCAGAGAGAAAUGAGUGCUUUCUGCAACACAAAAGUGAUAACCCAGACCUCCCUAAACUGAAGCCAGAACCCGAAGCUUUGUGCACAGCCUUCCAGGAAAAUGAAAAGAGAUUUGGAGGAAAAUACCUAUAUGAAAUUGCCAGAAGACAUCCUUACUUUUAUGCCCCAGAACUCCUUUACUAUGCUCACCAAUAUAAACACGUUUUUGAAGAAUGCUGCAAAGACGCUGAUAAAGCUGCCUGCCUAUUACCAAAGCUUGAUGCUUUAAAAGAAAGAAUAUUGGCUUCAUCUGCCAGACAGAGACUCAGGUGUACCAGUAUCCAAAAAUUCGGAGAUAGAGCUCUCAAAGCAUGGUCAGUAGGUCACCUGAGCCAGAAAUUUCCCAAGGCUGAUUUUGCAGAGAUUUCCAAGAUAGUGACAGAUCUUACAAAAAUCCACAAGGAGUGCUGCCAAGGUGACCUGCUUGAGUGUGCAGAUGACAGGGCGGAUCUUGCCAAGUAUUUUUGUGACAAUCAAGAAACAAUCUCCUCUAAACUGAAGGAAUGCUGUGAGAAACCUCUAUUGGAAAAAUCCCACUGCAUUCAUGAGGCAGAAAGAGAUGAGAUGCCAGAAAACCUGCCUGCAAUAACUGAACAGUUUGCUGAAGAUAAGGACGUUUGCAAACACUACACGGAGGAAAAAGAUGUCUUCCUGGGCAUGUUUUUGCAUGAAUACGCAAGAAGGCACCCUGAGUACGCUGUCUCAUUGCUGCUGAGAAUUGCCAAGGAGUAUGAAGCCACACUGGAGGACUGCUGUGCCAAAGAUGAUCCUCAUGCAUGCUAUGCUACCGUGUUUGAUAAACUCCAGCAUCUUGCAGAUGAACCUCAGAAUUUAGUCAAACAAAACUGUGAACUUUUUGAAAAACUUGGAGAGUAUGGAUUCCAAAAUGACAUCUUAGUUCGUUACACUAAGAGACUACCCCAAGUGUCAACUCCAACGCUCGUGGAAGUCGCAAGAGGCCUAGGAAGAGUGGGCACUAAAUGUUGUACACUUCCUGAAUCAAAUAGAAUGUCCUGUGCUGAAGACUACCUGUCCCUGAUCCUGAACCGGUUGUGCGUGUUGCACGAGAAGACACCAGUGAGCCCCAGAGUUACCAAGUGCUGCACAGAGUCCUUGGUGAACAGACGACCAUGCUUUUCUUCUCUGACAGCCGAUGAAACAUAUGAACCCAAAGAAUUUGAUGAGAAAACAUUCACCUUCCAUGCAGAUUUAUGCUCAGUUUCUGAGCCUGAGAAACAAAUCAAGAAACAAACUGCACUCGCUGAGCUGUUGAAACACAAGCCUAAGGCAACAGACGAACAACUGAAGACUGUUAUGGAGAAAUUUGUAGCUUUUGUAGAUAAGUGCUGCGCAGCGGUUGACAAAGAGGCCUGCUUUACUGUGGAGGGUCCACUUCUUGUUGCUGCAACUCGAACAGCCUUAGCCUAAAAACAACACAAUCAUAAGCAUCUCAGCCUACCCUGAGAAGAAGAGAAAGAAAGAGAAAUGGAGACCCAGAGCUUAUUCAUCUGUUUUUCUUUUUCUGUUGGUGCUAAACCAACGCCCUAUCUAAAGAACACGGAUUUCUUUAAACAUUUUGCCUCUCUUCUCUAUGCUACUAUUAAUAAAAAAAAAUGAAAAGAAUCUAA